GGGUCUCAUUCCAGUGAACUACCCUUCUGCACUGCAGUUCAGGAAAUCAUUUGCGGUGGCUUGGCUCAGCUUUACUCUCAGUACAUGCUUGGAGUUGAUCUACGAUGGGAUCGACUUCGUUGGGCAUAUGAGUUCGACGUUGCGAUGCGAACUAAGAGAGCAUCUGACUUGAGCGGCCUCAGCCGAGAGGAGAAGGAGAAGGCCAAGUGUUCCUUUGAACCAGGCGAAAUCGCUCACGUUGAUGGUGGCGGUGGAAUCACGGCUGCCUUCUACGAAUUCUUGGAUCGGGAAAACUUUCCUCUGACGCCAAUGGAACAGCGAUACAUGCGCGUUCUUAACGACAGCGCUCCCGAUAUUAGCAAAUACUGUCUCGUCCUCCAACGUGUAAGUGCAGACACAUUCAUUGUGUGCUACAUCGCGUCUUUCGGUGGUGUUGUACACGGCACCGGCCUGUCUCCAAUAACUCGGUUUUUUUCCAUGGCUAUGGGCGAUACACCUCCAUGGCCUCCCAAUUCAAGGCCUCUGCACGUGAUUCCGAGAUGGAUUGGAUCUGGCUUCAUAUUUGGUGUUCCAGUGGUCAGGAAGAAUCUGUCGAAGACUACUCAUUCCCGUGCUUCUCUUGCCCACGGAGAACUGCAUAGGGUAAGACAUUUUAUUGCAGAAAGGCUUAAGCUCUUCCAGCAAGCCCAUAAAGAAUUGCGCGCAAAAGAGCGUGAUUGGCAUAAAUUCCGCAAGAAAACUGGUCUAAAAAUUGAUAGCUAUGUGGAUCCCGUGAGGCUGGACGUGAAUCACCCAGACGGGUUAGCCUCCGACCCUGUGAUACCCAGCGAAGUGCCCGUCCCCGGCGACCCCACGGAAUGCUCAAACUUCAGAAACAUGCUUCGGAUGAAGCGUAACGUUAAAGUGCCUUUUCUCCACAGACGUCGUUUCUUGGAUAUUCCACCGAGCAAUCACCUAGGCUGGUUACUAAAAUGGAAACGACAAGAUAUUACAUAUUCACAACUCUACCUCAAACGCUUCACACCUCGACACUCAUAUUAUCCUGUGCUCCGACACCUUCCACUCCCCUUUCGGUAUGUGAGACCUUGAGGACUGUAGAUCACCACGCACUGCGAUAAAUAGACCUCCCGAUGGAGUCUACUCGGUUUAACUUAGAAUAUGUUGAUCUUAAAAGCCUUGAGGGUUGUCCAGUCCUGCAUUCGACUUCGCUAAGAUAGAUCACUCAGGAUAUACAGCUGACUAUUGCACGAUUAUGAUUACAUU